AUGACUAAGGUCGCUGUGGCCGCUCAGUUGCCUGCGUCUAAUGAUCUUCAUUUUGGCGGCGUGGUUGGCGGAGGUGGUGUAUCUAAGAUCUCAACCACCACGUUGAAGCGAAAAACACCAUCUGAGUUGCGGGCAGCUAUAUCAGCAUUGGCAUCUGCGCCAGGAGACUUCAUAAGCAAACGGCAGCAGGCAUGGGAAGAUUCAUUCCGAAGUCUUUACUACAUGCUAAGGAAGAAAAUUUGUGAACUUUUUUAUGUGUGCAGUCCUCAAUUCGUAGUUAUGUUCACUGCAUAUGAUGGUGCGAACAAAAUCAGGUCUUCUUGCUAUGCAUAUGUUUCUCAGUCGACAAGAAAUUUAAGGUCACUUCUGAAAGAACAUGAUGUUUCUUUCUCAAUGCCUCUUUGUUUUUCUAAAUUAGAAGAAGUUACCGCAGAAGACAUCGUUGAACUUUCUCAUAUUGAGAAACACAAUCUUGGCCAGACUCGAGCUAUAGAGUCCUUGAUUGGCGUUGAUAACACUCCACAAUCCCUACUGAUGUUCAGCGGGAAUAAGAAUGUACACGCGUUGUAUGAUUUUCUAUUGAAUUACAGAUCUUUCUUAACUUCUUUGACUGGUGGUGAUGUCCCUGUGCUGUAUUCACCAGUUCCUUUUGAGAAUGCUGCUCUUUCGACUCCCGAGGUUAGAUGCAAACAGGUAAGGAAGGUUGACUACUUGUCUUCCCGGCUAAAGGACUCUAAUACGGACAGUGAACCUAAAAGUUCGGGUGGUGGAAUCUGCUAUAGUGUUGAAAUCAAGGAUGCAUAUCUUCCUCCAUGGGUCAUUUCUGGCAUUUGUAAUGCUAUGCGAUCUAAUGGAGGUGACUUUGAAGCCAGUUUUUUGACUGAGUCGACCACAAAUGGUUUGAAUGUUGGUCUAGACGUAAUAAUCAAGGACCAUCAAUCAUCUCACCUAGCUGCAGCUGACGAACAAUUGCUAGAAAGUGAUAAUCCUUUUAGUAUUCCAAAUACGACUGUCUCCUUCCAGAGACGUUCGGCCUUUUUGAAAGGACUGAAGUAUGGUGAUGGUUCUUACACAGCAUUUCUAUCUCCGAUUGAGUGA